AACCCUGGAAACAACCUCCACGUUUCGGGCCUGAGCUUGAAGGUCGACACCCGCGACCUCGAGGCCGCCUUCGCAAAGAUUGGUAGGGUUCAAAAAGCUUCAGUCAUGUAUGACCCUCACACCCGCGAGUCUCGUGGAUUCGGGUUUGUCACAAUGGAAACUGCUGAGGAGGCAGAUGCUGCUGUAACUGCCUUGAAUGCUACAGACUUCAUGGGCAAGACGAUGACAGUCGAGAAGGUAAACUGCUGCGUACUCUUCACUGAUUCAUGUUUGACGAAAGUGGAUACCUUCUAG